AUGCGGGAUCCUUUCUCCUUUCUUCAGAUUCCGGCCCUGCGCCAGGCUGUCCAGCCCUACGCCGACAAGUACCAUCUGCCUGUGCUGCCCCUCCACGUACACGAGGCCCUGGCUGCGGCACUCUUCUAUACCUUCAUCCACCUCGUCGUCUCGCCAUGGAUCUCCAAGAAGUACUUCGCCGCGUACUAUCCCAAGUCCAGGGGAAAGAAGGCAAACUGGGACGCACACGUCGUGUCUUUGGUCCAGAGCACCCUGAUCAACAUCAUUGCGCUGGGCUACAUCUUCGCCGACCAGGAGCGGAAGAGCAUGAACUGGAUGGAAAGGAUAUGGGGUUACACGGGCGCCUCAGGAUUUGUGCAAUCUAUGGCUGUGGGGUAUUUCCUCUGGGACCUCAUCACCACCCUGAUCUUCAUCGAUGUCUUUGGCCUGGGUGUACUCGCCCAUGCCGUGAGCGCCUUGACGGUGUACUCUUUUGGAUAUCGGCCGUUCCUUAACUACUACGGCAACAUCUUCAUCCUCUACGAGCUGUCCACACCGUUUCUCAACAUCCACUGGUUCUUUGACAAGCUGAACAUGACAGGUUCCAAGGCACAGCUCUACAAUGGCAUCACCCUGCUCUUCACCUUCUUCUCCUGCCGUCUCGUAUUCGGCACCUACCAGUCAGCCUGGGUGUACUACGACAUGUGGAGGGCCAUGUACACCGCCCCGAUCACCGAGUAUACCUCGUUCACGCCGGCAGAUGAGAAGCUUCCGGGCACGGAGGAUAUCAUGGUCUUCUCCAAGGAUGCCGAUACGCUGCCCUUCUGGCUUGUGGCGACCUAUGUCGGCAGCAACAUCGUCCUCAACGGCCUGAACUGGCACUGGUUCUUCAAGAUGAUCAAGGCUGUGCGCAAGCGAUUCGAGCCAGCGCAGGAGGAUGGCAAGGAGAAGGUUGCUGUGAAGGGUGCUGCUACGACCGGCGCCCAGCUUCAGGAGAAGAUCGAGGAGCUGCGCAGACGGAGGCUCUCUGUCACCGAUAUCGAGAUUGACGAUGAUCUCGGAGAGAUCGCGUGA